AUCCAAGAAAAGCGACAUCAUAUUAUUAUUAUCAUAAUACAGCUUGACGGGCUGCGGUAACUCAUAUGGCUCGAGCUCGUGGGAACUUGGCCCGAAAGGUGGGGAAGCAGGCGUUAGUCUACCGCACUCGACGCAAACACUACUCAUAAUCCGUCUUCAAUGUAUGAUAUUUGACGAUGGUUUUGAACUGGCCUUAAAAAGUACAUUUGCAUCUCGAUCUCUUGCUCCUUUCUAUGCUUUUCUUUUUCUCUUUCACUCUUUUCCUCACUCUUUUUCUCUCUCUCUCUCUCUCUUUUUUUUUUUCACCUUCUCUUUUGUUUUCUUUCUUUCUUUCUUUCUUUCUUUCUUUCUUUCUUUCUUUUUUUUUUUUUUCCACCCUUUAUUUCUCAUUUGCCUCCAAAUGAUUAAACCAUCUUUCCCCUUCCUCACUUUCUUCUUCUUCCUUAAAUUCUUCUCAUUCCCCCGUUAUUAUUCCCUUCCUCCAUCUUCCAUUGGCGACGCCAUUUCAAAGACUCGUCAGAUAGGACUACCGUAUUCACUCUCACCCCCAGCCCCCCCCCCUCUUAACUAUCCUUCACAACCAUUAGCAUUCUCCUUUACUUGUGGGUCGGAAAAAAACCAAAUCGAAGGCCACAUAAAAUCCUAUAUGUACUGUACCACCACUUUGUCUCUAACUGCCAUUUCGCCGCAGAUAUCGCCUUUCUGAGAGUCUGUCCGGCGUAAACUAGUAAGGUGCAGCUGCCUGCCGGAACCCGCCUUGUUGCACCCGAGAUUUUAUGAGAUCCCUGUUAUUGACCCUGCACAACAACAGCUCCCAAUUUCGCAAUUGCUCCCGUGCCAUCCAACACCGUGCAACCGUUUUCCGGCUCUUGCCCUUCGCUUCCUCUUCUUUUUACCUGUACGUGAUAAGGCGAGGGGUCCUGGUAUAUAUAUAUUUCCCUUCGCCCCUCCCCUCCCCCUAAAACCCUUCCUGCGGCUUCCUAGGCCCCGCCUCUUUUGCUUUAUCUUGCUUUGCCUUUGGAUCCGGUCAAACUCUUGCAGCUUCGUGGGUUUAUAUGACCAUUUGGAGCUCCUUUACCCCCCACAUUCCUCAAUAAUCUAUGAAGUUCGGUGAGGCACUUCCUCAGCGUUCCGUUCAGGAAUGGCUGCCAUAUAACCUUGACUACAAUGAGAUCAAACAAUUGAUCAAGCGAUAUACCACUGGGAAGCCACUUGUCAAGUCGCCCGAAGCAAAGACAGACUUUGAAGAUGAAUUCUUCAAUAUUCUGAUGGAUCAACUUGGAAGGAUUGACCUGUUCGUCAAGAGCAAAUCCGGCGAAGUUGACCGCCUCCGAUGCAAACGACAGGUUGCGGCUCUCCGAAGACGCGACACAGAGGACUCAGCCCUACAUCAUAUCCGGCGGCCAGGUCGCUCGACAAAGCUCGAACAAGAGGUUGAACGUGUGAGUUAUGAGGUGCAGUGCCUUUCGCGCUUUGUAAACGUUCAACGUACUGGGUUCCUCAAGCUCUUGAAGAAAUACAAAAAAUGGACCGGUUCAUCACACUUACUUAAUCGGUUUCUUCCAAUAUUGAAAUCUCCUACAGCUUUCCACAAAGUAGACUUUGAAAAGAACGUGCUAGAACUUUCGAACCUAUUAAACGCAAUCCGCAACGGCCUUGAUCUACCUGCUGCCGCACCAUCACCUCAAAUAGUGACCCAGCCAAAAAGGAUUCGCGGUGCCGAGCAAGAAGACCCGCAAGACCGCGCGCUAUCCAUUGAGACCGUCUUAUCCCAAAAGGCCAUUGCUACCGCGGAGGGUCGUGCUUACUUGGACACUGCCCUCGCGACAUCGACAUUGGGAGACAGUUGUGGGGGAAGGGCAACCUUCUGGGUACACUACGACCAUUUGAUCGAGUUGCAAGUCCUAUUGUUGAAGUAUCUUACUUUGCAGACAUCGCCUGCCUAUAAUGCCCCCCCAACACCUCCAUCGAGGAAAGACUCAAUUGGAACUCUUUGGAAAGACGAUGAAAUUGGGGUUGUGCUCCUCGAUGAUCUGGAGAGCUUCUCUGACAUCCAAAGCUCUGCUACUGUUGCAGAGGCUAGCAAAGCAUGUUCACGGACUGCAGGGCAGGUUAGGUGGUGUUGCAGGGAUUCGGAUGCUGUGGUCGUAGUUUCCAACGCAUCUGCUUUAAUCCUGAACAAGAUUGCUGGCCACGAGGAAGAGAAAUUGGAGGUAAGAAUGAAGAGAAAGCAAAUCGAAGAACUGCUCGACACAGGAUCCAUUUCGUCUAGAGCCGAUAUCAAUCAUACCACGAAUGAACAGGGAGAGACCGGCGUAGAAAAGCUUGAGGAGUGGUUAGCGGAGCACAAGAAUGUUACACCAUUAGUUAAACUGCUCAUGAAACGGAUAAGAUUCGCGGAGACACCGGAGGGGGGCCGAGUAUGGGCGCUUUUAGAUUGGGAUAUCAAAAUGACAAAAGUUCAACAAGGAACAAACUGGCUCACUCGGCCAGAAGAGGACGGACCGGGAUUUGGAAGUGAGGGAAGAAGGGAAUUUCCCCAUGCUGUUCUUGAGGUUCAAUGGGAAGGACAACGAGUUCCAACAUUUUUGCAUGAGCUCGAAACCAGCCACAUGGUGGAGAACGUCAGAGGCUUCUCAUUGGACGUUCAUGCCUUGUCCUUAUCCGCUUUGCAAAGAGAUAUCCGCAAAACCCCUGUGCAUACACCGCGCCACAGCAGGCGUAGCUCAUCUCACAUGAUGUUUACAAGCGCAGCAUCCAAGAGCACUUCUAAUGGAACCUCCGCUGCUAUGGCUCACGACUUUGCGGAUGGGUUCGAUUCGUCGACUACCGCGUUUUCUCAUACGGCCCCCACUGUUUUACCCAAAGCGAAGUCGAAUCGACCAAAGAGCGGGCUAUCGUCCAUUGAGCAUAUAGGUGGAGAGCGGUAUUGGAGCGAGUUCAAUGACGAUGAAGACGAUGAAGAACCAUAUACAAUACUCAUAAAACGUGGGGACACGUCAGACGACGACUGCGAAGAUGAAGAUGUUUCACUCUCGGACUUUAUACGAAAAAGUGUUUUUUCAACUGGCCAUAAAUUCCAGGCGCUAUUCACUGCAUCACCCAAACAUUCAGGGGAAAGAAAGCCUCUCCUCCGUAAACCAAGCGUCCCAUCAUCCGAGUCAUCGAGCGAGAUUGAUGUGGAAGUAGGGGCUUUCGGUACAGGUGCCUCUAGCCGGGCUCAUUACAAUACCUUCUCACGACCCGCGACAAUCAACACUCCCUUAAGCCCUACAUAUGUUUUUUGCCUUGGGGGUGCUGUGGUAAUACUCAUUGUCACUCUGAUUCUAGCUAUGAAUUCUUCCCUAGCAAGACACAAACAUAAAUGGCGCAGGGGGCACUUUACCUUAGACCUUGAGGUCUGCGGUGCUGUAUUGACAGCGUUGAGCUUGGCAAGUAUCGGGUUAUUCAUAUUCCUGAAGAGCCGAAGCAGGGCGGGGCCAACGCACCAGAUGUUCGCUUGGGGAUCCUUUGGUGCGGUCUGCAUCGGCAGUGGGGUAGUCCUUGCUAUGGUUGGAAAUCGUGAAGUGGGGAACUAGCUUUUUUUUUUUCUUCAGGCUUUAGCGUGGUUUUGGUUCUGCAUAAGGCGUUGUUUGACAGACCUUGUUCUCCUCUCUUUUUCUUCUUUUAUUUUAUUUUAUUCCAGCGGUACAAAUUUAACUUACAAAGCAUGCGUAGAUAUCUGUUAUGCUGCAACGAUUUUCCUUUACCCCCCCCCUUCCCAACCACUCUUCUGAUAUACAUUUUCCCUUUGCUAUGCGGUUUACGUGUAAUAUAGGCUCGAUUGGCGAAUGCGGUGUAUCUUCUAUUAUUGCAGAUGGUCUUGGCUUUGGACACCAGACCUAUCUGUCGUAGGGUGAAGGUAGCAGUCAACUUUCGGAAUCGUCUGCCGUUUUUCUUCUUCUUCCUUCCUUUUCCUUUCUUUUUCUUCUCAUUAGUCGCACGAUACCUCUGGAGACCUCCGCCCAUCAUUCGCUGUCUUCUCUCCUUCUUUCCUUCCCACAAUCACUCCGCAUCCCGCACCUUUUUUGUCUAUCAAAUUGUUAAAUACAGUAUUUGUGGUGAAAUAAAA